CGGGGGGCUCCAAACUCGGGCUGCCGGGGCGAGCGUGUCUUCAUGAACCCAGAGGAUGUCCGGGAAGCACUACAAGGGUCCUGAAGUCAGUUGUUGCAUCAAAUACUUCAUCUUCGGCUUCAAUGUCAUCUUUUGGUUUUUGGGAAUAACAUUUCUUGGAAUUGGACUGUGGGCGUGGAAUGAAAAAGGAGUUCUGUCCAACAUCUCUUCCAUCACCGACCUUGGCGGCUUUGACCCAGUGUGGCUCUUCCUUGUGGUGGGAGGAGUGAUGUUCAUUUUGGGAUUUGCAGGGUGCAUUGGAGCACUGCGAGAAAACACUUUCCUCCUCAAGUUUUUUUCUGUGUUCCUUGGAAUUAUUUUCUUCCUGGAGCUCACUGCUGGGGUUUUGGCAUUUGUUUUCAAAGACUGGAUCAAAGACCAGCUGUAUUUCUUUAUAAACAACAACAUCAGAGCAUACAGAGAUGACAUUGACUUGCAGAACCUCAUAGACUUCACUCAGGAAUAUUGGCAGUGCUGUGGGGCUUUUGGAGCUGAUGAUUGGAACCUAAAUAUUUACUUCAAUUGCACAGAUUCCAAUGCAAGUCGAGAGCGAUGUGGCGUGCCAUUCUCUUGCUGUACUAAAGAUCCCGCAGAAGAUGUCAUCAACACUCAGUGUGGUUAUGAUGCCAGGCAAAAACCAGAAGUUGACCAGCAGAUUGUAAUCUACACAAAAGGCUGUGUGCCCCAGUUUGAGAAGUGGCUGCAGGACAAUUUGACCAUCGUGGCUGGGAUUUUCAUAGGCAUUGCAUUGCUGCAGAUUUUCGGGAUAUGUCUGGCCCAGAAUUUGGUGAGUGAUAUCGAAGCCGUCCGGGCGAGCUGGUAGAGCUGGUAUCGCCUUGGCCCAGCUGCUGCAAGACACUGCAUGGAGCCAGCCUUCCUGACCCUCCUCGAGCCGGACUCCUAGCCACGCUGCAGGGACCCCAUCGUAGAGGUGUCCUGCAAUCUCACUCAAUGGAGCUGCCAAGAAAUCCUUUCUGGUGGGGAGGGGGGACUGGGAAAUGCUGCUCACUGACAGAUUAAAGAACAAAACAAACGAAAACAAAAAGAAAUAACCAGUAUGCAAGUCAUUGCCUGUGAGUCUCUACUGUAGCCAUGAAUUGAUGGAUGGAUGGAUGAUGCAUAGGCUAAAGGGAAAAGAAAGAAAGAGGGGAACAGGGGUCCGGGGGACACCACAUGUACUUAGAUUUGUGGAGCAUCCAUCCACGUCCUCCAUCUCAGUACUGUGACGAGCGGGGAGAGGGAUUUCUGCCCUCGUGGAGGGAUGGACAGAAAUACACAUCUUAGUUAAGACUCAUCAACCCUUUUCCCUGGGAGGGCAGCGGUGUGUUCGAAUCCUGCUGUAUGCAUCUCAAGGAACUGUUGGAAGUGUCAGCAGCUUGCCCUUUUGCUGAGCUCCGGGAACCGGCCUGAGCAGGCGAUGUGGGGGGCACAUGCGUGGAAGGGCCAUGGUGGAGUAUCUCAUCACCAACAGAAGUUGUGUUUUCCCACGCGGACCCCAGCAAGGGUGUUGGAGACUUCAUGAUGCCAUAUUUGAGAAGAAGAGAUUUUUUUUUUUCUAAGUAAGCCUGAACUUUACCAAUCCGUGGAAUCCACAAAAUGGAGCUUCAUGAGAGGUAUUCAUAAUUCUUCCCUCACCGUCCCCACCCUCAACCCCACCAAAAUUAGGGGCUGGAUGCUUUGGAAACCCUGGCAUCCUCUGGGUUGUGUUUUGUUUGGUUUUCUGUCUCCCAAAGGCAAAGGUUAUGAUCCAGGCCCUGUUAAAUUUUGAAGUGUUUGCUUACUCACCCUGAACAAUCGGGAUGAAUUGUUUCUGUCUACUCUUUCCCUGCAUGAUCUGUGAAUCUGAAUCCACCCUCUCCCUUUCCCGCCAUCUUUCCUACAGAUAUAUAUAUAUUUUUUAAAGUUGGUGGCUGUUCAAUUCCUUCAGUUCACAGCUUUGGAAGGUUGUGGCAUGUUGUCCCAGAGAUCAGCUGUUACCAUAGCAAAUACUAUGGGCUGGACUGUCUCUUCCAGGUUCCAGCUUGCUGGCGUCUAUACUUUCCUCGUCUUCCUGUUUAAAUGGAGUUAGACCCAAUUCCAAAAAUGGUUGUCACCAUCAGAAAGCUGCUCAAUGGGGUUUUUCUUCUACUUCUUGCAGUUUCAGUUUUCUUAAGCAAGCAUAGUUGUGCAUGGCUGGAGUCCCUUCCUUUCUGCAGUUGCAACCUGGCCAUCAGGAUGGUGACAAAGCACAAAUAUUCCGGAGAGGAGUGUGAGGUAGCAGACUAAAGGUGCAGGGGAGGGACACAAGGCAGGAAACCCACCCCUCCAGGUGCUGCUGCCCCUGACCCCCACUCCCCAGGGGGUGGGGCCAGCUUUGACUCCGCCCUCCAGAUUGCAGUCUAGCUGGCAUCCGGGACUUGGCUCUCCAAUCUCAGUGUGCACCUCACUGGGAAACCCACAAGCCUAUGUGACUAUGGUGACGCGUCUGCCAGCACACAACUGGACAGCCAGCUCGUGCUCUUGUGGAAGUUUAGCCCAGUUUGCCAUUUCAGCCCUGUGGAUUGAUGAAUGUGUCAGUCCGCUUAGAGAAAGGUCAGGAAUUCUUUUAAAAUCUCAUCUCCCCUCUGUGUGUGUGUGUGUGUGUGUGUGUGUGUGUGUGUGUGUGU